CAGAGCACCAUGGCGAAUUGCCAAUGCCGAGCUCUCAUCCGCUCUUCAAUUAUUAACAGAACGGCUGAACUCGAGACCGUUUCGGGCAAUGCACUGGAAGACCCCGAGAUGCGGGAUCUCCACAUGUCCUCGAAUUACUCCUAUGUGGUAAAAAGCGGCCCCGGCCGUAGUUCGCAAUCUCGAUACAAACCUUGGAACGACUUCAGUGGGCUGCAAGUUUGGACCCGGACCCGGGGACUUCAUCCUUCCAAGCGCCACGUCGGUCCUGUAAUCGUAGGUCCCCUUCCACAGCUACACAUCCUUCAACUCGUCUUUCUCUCUACAGAAGCUUAUGCACAGCCUCUAAGCGAUGAGCAUGGCGGCUCCCUUGGAUCGACAAACACACGGAACGAGUACGAAUCGACUUUGAUCGGCAUAGAUCUACCGGGAGAAGGGUACCAGGUACGGCUGGUGAAGGCUACAAUCACUGGCGAACUCGAUGUUGAUCCGCCAGAUGCCGAAGGCCCGGGGUUGCGGGGUGAUCUGUUAGGGAUGAAAGAAGCCUUGUUAAGAAGAGGAGGAGGAAGACGAUGAUGAUGAUGAUGAUAAAAAAAAGAAGUCGACUUUGACUUUCGACGGCGGACAGCUAGGCGACCUCUCGUCUGCUCUCGCAUAGCUUAUGGUCAUCAU